GUCCUGGUCUCUUUACAGGAGGGAGAAGUUCCAAAUUGCUUGAAAUUGAAUAAUUGCGACAAAAAAUGCACACAAUUAAACUAUUCCUUUUUAUUGUUCCUCUAGUAAUUGCGUCCAGAGUUGAUCCAGACCUUUCAUCAUUUGAUUCUGUACCUUCAGAGCCAAAAUCAAGAUUUGCUAUGUUGGAUGAUGUCAAAAUUUUAGCCAAUGGCCUCCUGCAGCUCGGUCACGGUCUUAAAGAUUUUGUCCAUAAGACUAAGGGACAAAUUAAUGACAUAUUUCAGAAGCUCAACAUAUUUGAUCAGUCUUUUUAUGACCUAUCACUUCAAACCAAUGAAAUCAAAGAAGAAGAAAAGGAGCUAAGAAGAACCACAUCUAAACUACAAGCUAAAAAUGAAGAGGUGAAGAAUAUGUCACUUGAACUGAACUCAAAGCUUGAAAGUCUACUGGAAGAGAAGACAGCGCUUCAACACAAGGUCAGGACUUUGGAGGAGCAGCUAACCAACUUAAUUCAAAACCCACCUGGGGCUCAGGAGCACCCAGAAGUAACAUCACUUAAAAGUUUUGUAGAGCAGCAAGAUAAGAGCAUAAGAGAACUCCUCCAGAGUGUGGAAGAACAAUAUAAACGACUAAGUCAACAGCACAUUCAGAUAAAAGAAAUAGAAAAUCAACUCAGAAAGACUGGUAUUCAAGAACCCACAGAAAAUUCUCUUUCUUCUAAAUCAAGAGCACCAAGAACUACUCCCCCUCUUCAUCUGAACAAAACAAAAAAUACAAAACAAGAUGACCUUCCUGCUGACUGCUCUGCCAUUUAUAACAGAGGUGAACAUACAAGUGGUGUAUAUACCAUUAGACCAAGCAACUCUCAAGUGUUUAAUGUCUACUGUGAAACCCAAUCAGGUAGUCCAUGGACAUUAAUUCAACACCGGAAAGAUGGCUCACAAAACUUCAACGAAACAUGGGAAAACUACAAAAAGGGCUUUGGGAAGCUUGAUGGAGAAUUUUGGUUGGGCCUAGAGAAGAUCUAUGCUAUAGUUCAACAGUCUAACUACAUCUUACGACUCGAGCUACAAGACUGGAAGGACAGCAUGCACUAUGCUGAAUACUCCUUUCACCUGGGCAAUCACGAAACCAACUACUCACUACAUGUGACUGAGAUUGCUGGCAAUAUCCCCGAGGCCCUCCCAGAGCACAGAGAUCUGAUGUUUUCUACAUGGGAUCACAGAGCAAAGGGACAGCUCUACUGUCCAGAAAGUUACUCAGGUGGCUGGUGGUGGAAUGACAUAUGUGGAGAAAACAAUCUAAAUGGAAAAUAUAACAAGCCCAGAACCAAAUCCAAACCAGAGAGAAGAAGAGGGAUCUACUGGAGGCCUCCGAGUGGAAAGCUCUACUCUAUCAAAUCAUCCAAAAUGAUGCUCCAGCCUACCACCUAAAAAAGCUCCAACUGAACUGAGACAAAUUGAAAGACCAAUAAAUUAAAUAUUAAAAUUCUCCCAAUCACUGUCGUACAGUAAUCUGGUAUUAAAUCUUUACUGGAAAGCUUGA